AUGAUAACAAAAUCUGCAAAUCCUGAAAAGAUCGUUACACCUAUAAUUAACAAACAGAGCAUAGAACCAAUAAAAAUAAAAAAUUUGCAUGAACUAGAAUAUGAAUUAAAUAAUAAAAUAUACACAAAUAUAUAUUCUUAUAAUCAGGUGUGUAACGGUAUAUAUGUUUGCAGAGGAAUAAAUAGUAUUACAGGAAAAAAAAAUAGUGGGAAAACUAGCUUAUGUUCACAUAUAUGUGUAAAUAUAUAUUUUAAUGAUUUACUACAAUUUUUUCAUCUCUUUUAUUCAACAUAUUUUGAUUUUGAAAUAUUUUUGCAAAAUAUAAAUAUAGAAAAUAAAAUUUCAUCGAAAACAUUGCGAGAUUUAAAUAAAAUACGAAAUAUAUUUAAAAAUCAAAAUAAGUCUUUUGAAGAACUUAUCGAACUAAUUAAAUAUUUUUAUAGUUUGUUUAUUGAAUUAUUUGAAAAAGAAUAUGAUGACACCAAUAAUAAUCAUACCAAAAUUUUAAACGCUAUUUACAAUCUUUCUAAGGAUAGUAGUAAAAAAUAUAACAACUUUUCAAAAAAACGAGUUAUAUACCUAGAUUUGGAUAACAGUUUUUACAUUGAAAGAUAUAAAAAUAUGAUUUAUUCUUCCAUUGAAAAACUUAAAAAAUUAUUAAACACUUAUAUAGAAUUUUGUUCUGAAAAAAAGACAUAUUUAUUUUUAUUAUUGUUUCAAAAUUUUAAUAAAGUUACUAACAAGAGAAGGCCAUUUAAUCUAUUUUUUUCAAACACAUAUGAAGAAUGUAAUAUUUUUAUAAAUACAUUUAAUAAAUAUUUAAAAAAAUAUAUAUAUAAUAUUACAUUUUCGGAAGUUUUGUUAAAUUUGCAGAUUUUAAAAAUUUUUAAUUUUCAAGAACUUAUUAAUGUUAUACAAUAUAUUUAUAAGCACACACAAAAAUAUGAGCAAAAUUUAUUUAAAUAUUUUAAUAAAUAUGUUCCUUCAAAUUUAGGGGCAUUAGUAAUAGACAAUUUGAAUUAUUUGUACAAAAGUAGUUACUCUUACGACAAUGUAAAUGCUCUCAAUAAUUUGAAUAGUAAAAAGAAUGCCAUAAAUAAUGAGUAUAUAAAUUUAUUAAAAAUAUUGUCACGGCUAUCUACACAAUAUAAAAUAGCUAUUUUAGUGACAAAAAAUAAAAAUAAUUUUUUUAAUAAAUAUGAAGAAUAUUUUAACACACAAUAUUCAAAAUAUUUAUAUAAUAAUAUAAAUAUAAAAUUUAUUACACACAAAUUAUUUUGGGAAUAUAAUUCUCAAGUAAAUACUAACAUACCUAGUCAGUUUGAAAAUAAGCACAAAAAAAAUGACAAGCAUAGUCAUAGCAAACAAAUGAAUAUUGACAGUUUUAAUAAUUCAUCGUCUAGUGAUGAAAGUUUUCAACAAUUUGAAGAAAACGCAGAUCUAUCAUUUUGUGAAAAAAAAUAUAAUCAAAGAUAUAUUAAAAUUAAAAAAAAAGGAAAAAUUACCAUGUGCUUUUUUGAAAUAACUGAAUAUGGUAUCCAAACAUUACUUAAUUAG